AUGACUAGUCCUGGCACGAAGGGGUCGUGGCUGACGCAGCCGAUGGUGAAGAGCGUGCUGGUGUAUCGCAACGGGGACCCUUUCUUCCCGGGGCGGCGUAUUGUGGUCAACGAGAAGAAAGUGUCCAACUUCGAGGUGUUCCUGAAGGAGGUGACGGGCAGGGUGAAGGCACCCUUCGGAGCUGUGAGGAACAUCUAUACCCCUCGGGGUGGGCAUCGUGUCCGGCAGCUGGAGGAGCUUCAGAGCGGAGAGCAGUACGUGGCUGGUGGCAGAGAAGCCUUCAAGAAACUCAACUAUUUGGACAUUGGAGAGACAAAGAAAAAACCUACUGAAGUCAACAAUGAGCAGUCAACAGUGGAAGAUGUCAAGCCAGUUACUCACAGUAGGAUCACUGUGUCAGCUCGCUUUCGAAGGCCACUCCAGGAGCCCUACACUAUUUUCCUGAUUGCUAAUGGAGACCUUAUUAGCCCUGUAAUGCGCCUCCUCAUUCCCAGGAAAACACUCAGUCACUGGGAUCAUGUCCUCGAAAUGGUUACAGGAAGAGUUACCCUCAGGAGUGGAGCCGUUCACAGGCUUUACACUUUAGAUGGAAAACUGAUUCAGAGCGGGUCAGACUUGGAGAACGGGCAGAUUUACGUUGCAGUGGGGAGAGAGAAGUUUAAGAAGUUGCCAUAUGGUGAUCUGCUGUUCAGCAAAUCUGCAAUGCGAAGGCCACAGGGUUCCAAAGCCUCUGUACUGCCUCCAAUUGUGGGAGCUCGGAAGUCCAAAGGCAGUGGAAACGACCGGCAGUCGAAAUCUACCCUUCGAUCCAGUGACCCUGGAGAAAACAGUUCCUCACCUCAGCUUCUCAGAGGGAAAGACAAAAAAAGCCAGAAUCAGGAGGAUUCUGUGUCCAGACGACGCUUUUCCAAUGACUCCAGGAAAGUGAAACAGACAGCAACAGCUUCCACAGGAGUCCUUCAGUGUGACGGUGAAGAUAUUUACAGAGCUGGAGAAGAGGGUUCUGAAAUGUGGGGAGCAGCUGAAGUGCAGGAAGAUGAAGAUACUCACGUAGAAGUUCCACUGGAUCAGAGGCCAGCAGAAACUGUAGAUGAAGAAGAAAAUGCAGAAGAGGAAGAUGACAGGGGAGAGGAGGCGUAUAAAGGAGAGGAAGAAUAUCCAGAGGUGAAUGCAGAGGAAAGUGGGCAAAUGGAAAGGAGUAAAGUGGAAGAAAACAAGAAGAAAUUAAAUGAGAAUUAUGAAGCAGGAGAAACAGAGAAUGCAAACCAAGCAGAGGAACUUCUGCAUUUAAAUGGCAAGAAAAAUGAGGAAAAUGGUGAGGGAAUGGAGCACUUACACUGCCAAGGUGAUCUUCAGCCUGAAGAGGAAAUAAAAGAGGAUUCUGACCUUCAGAACCAGGUUGAUCCCCAUCUUGAAAAAACAUCCACAAAUCCGAGGGUGACGAUCACCAGCCCACAAGAAAGCGACCAGAGCAAUGACUAUGCUGCAGUUGCAUAG